UACAGGGUGUCAUUAAAAUGUUGGUUAAAUUUUCUCGUUGCUCCAAGCGACUCGGGAAAUCUCGUUUUUUUUAUUGUGAAAGGAAAGUGAUCUCGUUUUUAAGAUUCCAAUAAAAAAAAAACAACCUUUUCAAAGCUGCUUAAGAUUGUUUCAACGACACCCCGUAUCCCGUCAGCGAAACCCCAAAAUGUGUUGGCUCAGUUCAUCUUUCUAGGUUAGUUUCGCGCGCGCGCGCCUCCCUCCUCACCCCUUCGUCGCCGCGCGUAAUAAUGACCCCCGGGGCCUUCCGCAUCGCGUAACUCCGCGCCCCUGCCCCCUCCCCGGGCGCCGCCCUACGCAGUCGCCAUGUCCGCCAACAGCAAGCUGAAAAUGUUGAGCGAGGAGAGCCUGACGCGUCAGCCGGAAGAGGUGUUCGACAUCAUCUGCAAACUCGGCGAGGGCGCGUACGGCAGCGUCUACAAGGCGUUGCACAAGGAGUCGGACAACGUGGUGGCGAUCAAACAGGUGCCGCUCGAUACCGACCUCCACGAGAUCAUCAAAGAGAUAUCGAUAAUGCAACAGUGCGACAGCCCUUACGUCGUCAGGUAUUACGGUAGCUAUUUCAAGAACACCGACCUGUGGAUCAUAAUGGAGUAUUGCGGAGCGGGUUCCGUAUCGGACAUCAUAAGACUAAGGAAGAAGACGCUGAGCGAGUGCGAGAUUGCGACGAUACUGUCGGACGCGCUCAAAGGUCUCGAAUACCUUCACGCCAAUAGGAAAAUACAUCGGGACAUCAAAGCGGGAAACAUCCUCCUCAAUACGGACGGACACGCGAAACUUGCCGAUUUCGGAGUCGCGGGACAACUGACGGAGACCAUCUCCAAGCGGAACACGGUGAUCGGGUCGCCAUUUUGGAUGGCGCCCGAGAUAAUCCUCGAGAUCGGCUACGACUGCGUCGCCGACAUCUGGAGUAUCGGAAUCACGGCUUUGGAAAUGGCCGAAGGCAAACCGCCCUACGCGGACAUCCACCCGAUGCGAGCGGUGUUCAUGAUCCCGACGAAACCGCCACCGUCAUUCAGGGACCCGGACCGCUGGAGCGCCGAGUUCAUCGAUUUCGUUAGUCUGUGCCUGGUGAAGAACCCAUGCGACCGCGCUUCGGCCACCGAUCUGAUCCGCCACGUCUUCCUCCUAAAGUCGGGCGGCGCCCAAGCCUUGACCCUGAUGAUUUCCGAGGCGUGCGAGAUCAGAAAGAACCAGAGCUACGGCAGGAUGUCGGUCUGCAGGACGCAGCGGCCCGACGACGCCACCCUCGUGCCAAACAAACCUCCCAGCCAGACCGGCACGAUGGUCACGAUCCAAUCGGAUCUGGGCACCAUGGUCGUGAUAAAUAGCGACGACGAGGACGGCGAGAAGACGAUGAAGUCGGAGGAAACCAAGAAGUACAAGCCUUUGUUCUUGGAACACUUCGACCAGGAGGAGGCUAGGCAGGAGAACGCGUCGGGGUCGAGUCGCGGCGCCUACGGGGAAGAUCGGAAAGCCGACGACGACGACGCGAGGGACGUGUCGGAGUCGCUCGACGCGAAACUGCAGAGGAUCAAGCCCGUAGACACGGACUUUAGUUUCCUGAAGGAGCUGUCCUACGACGAGCUGAAGGAACGGUUCGACCUGCUGGACGCCGCGAUGGAGAAGGAGAUCGAGGAGCUGCAGACGCAUUACGUGCGCAAGAGGCAGCCGCUGGAGAACGCGAUACAUAAUAAGAGGGAGAGGAAUCGGAACUUUUGAGGGGGCUCCGGGGUAGUUUUUAUCUGGUGGUGGAUCGUUAUUUAAGAGGAGAUGUUGCAUGUGAUGAAGGGCCAUAAUAGAGUGUUCUCUUUAAGGAUUAUCUUUAUAUAUUAUUUAAAAUGUGUGAUACUUGAAGCUAAAAUAUCAUUUGUCCAUUUUUUAUUUUAAGAAAUCUAAAUGUUUGAAAAAAACAAAUCGAAGACAGAACUUGCCAUUUUAUUCAAUAACAUUCAAGAAGAAGCUAUUGUAUUCAAAAGUAUACAUUAGAGUUAGAGCAAUUACUAGAAGGAGGACACGUAGCCAAUUCACCACAUAGCAAAGUCACAGAAAACGAUGAAUUUUCCAUUGAAACGUUAAUAGUAUAUUAUGCAACAAGUGGGGUAAACGACAUUUGACUCACGAGUUCAUUAAAACAAAAGUAUUGUUUUGAAAAGGAAACUUCAAAUUAUAAUGACAUAGAUAAUAAAAUAAGCAUGACAAUAGUAUAUUAUGCAACAAGUGCGGUAAACGGCAUUUGACUCACGAGUUUAUUAUUAAUAAACGAGUGAUUUAAAAAGUUUACCGGACGUGUUGCAUACGAUACUUUUUUUUAGUUUUUGGUUACAUUUUCGCAAAACAACACGAAUACAUUCACUGACAGGACCGUCAGAAUUGACAAACGUCAAAAUUCAAGGCGUGGGUAAUAUCUCCGAAAACAUCCGAUUGCUCCCAAAUCCGUGCGGUAAAAUCCCGGAAAUGUCCGAAGUGGCUCGGAUCCGGGGGAAACGAAACUGACGCGGUAAAGUGACGCUUCUCGCUUGUGUAAUUUGGUAUUUUAUAGAAGGAAGUAGAAAAACAAUUUUGUAUGAUGAUUUAUUAUGCAACCAAAAUGAAGAUAAAGAUGGAAGUUUUGAUAAAGCUCGAAAGAAAGCAAGGGAAAAUUUAGAAAAUCAAGUUAUGUGUAAUCUUUCGAAAGAAAAAAGCAAGGGGAAAUUUAGAAAAUCAAGUUAUGUGUAAUCUUUCGAAAGAAAAAUUUCCUGCUGCUGUGAUUGGCGACAAUGUUAGAGUUUCCAUUCCGGACGUUGGCCGUAGUAAAACGGAUCCAAAAAACUUGAUAUGCUUUGUUUUGUCUAAAGAUGACGAUAAAAUUUAUAUAAAUUAGGAACUAAACAGGGAGUUUUUAAAGCAAUCUUAUUUUAGCCAUGAAUUCGCCAUUUGCGAAGGGAAGUUUAUCAUAUCAUACGAAUAUGUUGAGAGAUCGUUAAGUGAAAUUAUUAUGCAGUCCUCCACUGGUGGACAAGGUUUUAAAAGAUGCAUCUGUAAAAGAAUAUGUCCAAAAAAAAAAAAUGCAUUUAUAAAAAUGCUGGAAUAUUAUCUACUUCCAAGUGCCAAAAUAGCAAUCCUUGUCCCAAUAAAUAAAGCUUUUUUCAUUAUGAAAUUUCUGUAUGUUUCUUUAUAGUCUUAUAAAAUUUAACUGUUAUAAUAAAGAAAAGUAUGUUAUUAUUAUUUUUUGGAUUGCAUUGGUCCUGAAAAACUAGGACGAAAAUUUUAUUUAUGAAUAUUGGGAUCAUA